CACAUACGUCACAUGUAAAUAGCCGUCUGUCACCCUGUCACCCUUUAAUGGCUACAGAUGCAGAUUUGGCGAUGGCUCUUGCCAAUUCUGCAGAAAACGUGUAUUGUUCGGUUAGUUCCGGAAAUUUAAUUAAAAAAAAACCGAAUUGGACCGAAUUGGAAAAGAAAGUGUUGGUGGAGGAGGUGCAUAAAAGAGAGACGGUUUUGUUUGGGAAAUUUAAAGGCCCGGGGGGUGGCAAAGCAGCCAAAGACUCCGCAUGGGCUGAAAUUGCAGGCGCUGUGAAUGGCAAAGGGAAAACUCUCCGAGAUGAAAAGGCCAAAGACAGGAGGUGGCCCAAAGCCUCCUUCACCUUCAGUUGCUGAGCAGUGCAUUCUUGAUUGUUUGGAGGGAAGACCUUCCCUUGAAGGAAUAGCAGGAGGAAUUGAUACAGCAGAUCCAGCAUCAGAAGUGUGUGGUCCACCAUCAAUUUUGAAAAAGAAAGAUGAAUCAGAAGAUAGAAGUAAACCAUCCUCCAAGAAAAGAAAGACCACCACUCAGGACCUAGAAGAAAAAACUCUGACAUUAGAGCAUGAGAAGAUGAGAGAAGAAAUUCAGAAGAUCAAGUUAGAGAGAGAAGUCUUGGAAUUAAAGAAAUCGUAUUACAACUUAAAAGUUCAAAUGUUCGUUAAUGAGCAUCCUGAGGUGGUGGCUCAGAUACUCCCAGUACAUGAAGUUUAAUUUUUAAUAUCCUUUUAUAGAUGACUUUCACAUUUACAAGAGUUAUUUCCCUUGGCAAGGGCUAUUUGGAAUUUGGAAACAGUUAUAACCAACUCUUUUCAUCAUCACUCCAUAAUAAUUUAAUUCAAUUCACUUUCUUUACAAUUUUCAUUUUGGCAUACAGUCAUGACAUUAAUAACUUAUAAAUCAAAUCUCUAUGUAUUUGUCCGUCGUCUGUCGCCGUUGUAAACUUUUUACAUUUUUAUCUUCUUCUCAAGAACCACUGGGCCAAGUUCAACCAAACUUGCCACAAAGUAUCCUUAGGUAAAGGGGAUUCAAUUUUUCUCAAAUGAAAGGCCACGCCCUUAUUCAAGGGGAGAUAAUUCAGAAAUAGUGAAAAUUUGGUGGUAUGUUUUAAAAAUCUUCUUCGCAAGAACCACUGUGCCAGGAAACUUGAAACUGAUAGGAAAGUAUCCUCAGGUAGUGUAAAUUCAAGUUUGUUCAAAUCAUGACCCCCAGGAGUAGGGCGGGGCCACAAUUGCUGAUCAAAGUUUUACAAAGAAAUAUAUAAGGAAAUUCUUUAAAAAUCUUCCUCUCAAGAAUAGCAAAGGCAUGAAUGAUCAUAUUUAUAUGCAAGCAUCCUUUGUUAAUGUUGAUUCAAGUUGGUUCAAAUCAUACCCUCUCCCCUUUAGGAAUUUGCUGGAACCACUUUUGGGUUUAGAUUUUUCAAUAAUAAAUUGAUUUCUGCUUUUUUUUUUCCAAGCCACUGUGCUCAGGUGAGCGAUGUGGCCCAUGGGCCUCUUGUCUGUUAUGCUCCUUGCCUUGUGGUAAUACAGGAACAACUCAAAAUUCAACCAAGACUUAAAUUUUUAAUAGAUUCAAUUGAAAUAUUACAGGUAUUUUGCAAAGGAUCCAGUUAAAAGAAUUAUAUAUUUGUCAUGACAACAUAAAAGAUCUCUUUAGAAUGUGAAAGUCAUUUGAUAUGUAAAAAAAAAUUCUUCAUUUUCAGUACCAUGUAUCAAAUGAAGCUUGGUUAUAAAGGAUAUACAUAUGUAUCCACAUGUAUGGAUUAAUAUCAAAACAGAGGUGUAAUUUAUGGCAUUUUUCAUGAAAAAUAUUUUGCAGUUUGUAAACUUUUACUCCAAACACUGAGGGGAAUUAAAUGGUGAAUCUUUGUAUAAUAUACAUGUACACUUUUUUAUGUACAUUGUAAAAAUACUUACAUGUACACAUACUGUAUAGCGGGUUAUUUUAGUGGGGUGCUAAUUUUGGCUUAUUUUGGCGUUUUGAUGAUAAUCCGCUAAAAUAUCAAUCUUUAAAAUAGUCAGUACUCUUAUUAGUGUGGAUUUUCAAAAGGUUGAAACCCUGCGUCCGCUUAAAUAAAUUACGCCAAAAUUUUUGGUAUACCUUUGAAUAGACAAAAUGCCAAAUUUUACACCCGACAAGAAAACCUACAAUACGGUAUAUGCUUUUCUGAUCACUUUUUGGCCAAUGUCCAUCUAACCCUUUUUAAUAUCUAUUUGGACUUGCUCACAAGAUCCAGUGGAAAAAAUUAAAGUAAUCUUAAAGAAAUUCAAGAAUCUUAUAUGAAGUUAUUGUGAAAGCACCCUCAAGCAGUACAGAUUCAAGUCUGUUCAAAUCAUAGUCUCCAUGAUAGGGUGAAACCACAAUAGCUUUUGUGUUUGUUUGUUGCUUAAUAUUUCUUUCAAUGAUUUUAAUCAGUGGAUAACUGCAAAUUUAGAUUUAUAGUGGACAUAGGACCACUGAGCAGUGAAGGAUCUUUUUCGUGCCAGCAACUUCUGUGACACGACCUGGAUUUUCACGGUCUUGUUUGAAGCACUAGUCUUGGUUUAAGGACUCAAAUUAUAUCCUGACCCUACGAUACAGGUACUUUGACAAUAUGGAGCUAAAUAUUUUCAUAUAAAUGUAGGGGGAGAAAAAUCUUAUAAAGUUCUUUUGAUGGAGAAGUCAAGGUAACUCGGGUGAGCAUUGUGACCCAAGGACCUUUUAUUUAAUUGAAAACUAAGUUUUAAUAUUAGAUGUUAAUGGUAUAAUAUGUAAGAAGUAAAUAAAUGUAUUAAUAGAAC